AUGCAAGUAGAAAAUUGUACUGCUGUAUUCAAACUUUUACCUAAGAAAUUAAGAUUUUCGCGUGAAGAUUUCACUCAACUAGCUAGAUUUGGAAUUAACACAGAGUAUAAUCCCAAGAGAUUUCAUUCAAUAAUUAUGCGCAUUCGAUUAAAAGAAAAUAGAACAACUGCUGCACUCAUAUUCGAGUCUUCAAAAGUGGUCCUUACUGGAGUUCCCAACCCUGAACUAGCUAGAAAAUUGGCUUGGAAAGUCACAAAAAGAAUUUUUGCCUCUAACAUGGCAGCUGGAAAUGAAACUUCUUCAAUUAGGCCAAGGAAUCUCCGAGUCACCAAUAUUGUAGGUGUCUAUUGCCACCUACAACGUUUGGCUAUUGAGCAACUUUACACACAACUUGGAAACAACAAAAAUUUUAGACAAGUGUUUUACGAUCCUACAAUUUUUCCAGCACUUAGAUUUAAACUUGAAGAAGCUUCAUGUCUUUGCUACAUCUCAGGACGUGUGAUAUUGACGGGAAUUAAAUCGCAAGAACAGAUGAAAGGGAUAUUUGAAAAUAUUCUUUUACCCCUAUUUGUAAAAUAUACACGAUAA